GCCAUUGGUCUGUUAGAGUAGACCUCGUGACGUCACGUCCACCCACGUGUCAUAGAACUAGGAAGAAACCCGUAAACAUUGAGCCAGAAAGUAUUUUUGAAUAGUCUAAAAUGCUUACAUUUAGCUUGACCGUUGUUCGACAUGGGGAGACACAAUACAACAAGGAGAAGUUGCUACAAGGUCAGGGGGUGGACACUUCCCUGUCGGAGCCGGGGCUCCAGCAGGCAGAGGCUGCAGGACUGUACCUCAGAGAGCUCAGGUUCUCCAACGUGUUUGUCAGUAACCUGCAGCGCGCCAGACAGACUGCAGAAAUCAUUAUGAGGAACAAUGUUCACUCCUCGGGCGUUGAAAUGGUCUUUGACCCCUUACUCAGAGAGAGGGGUUUUGGGAUCGCAGAAGGACGGCCCAAGGAGGAUCUGAAGAACAUGGCUAACGCAGCCGGCCAGUCAUGUCGAGACUAUACUCCUCCUGGAGGGGAGACAUUGGAACAGGUAAGGCUGCGAUGCAAGAAGUUUCUGAAGUCGCUUUACCAGCGCAUGGUUGACGACCACAGCUGCUCAGGACAGAGUUCUGCUGCUGUAGGGACAGAGGCUGGGGCCGGUGCAUCCGAGUCUGGCACAGAUGGGCCCCUGGCUGGUUUGCCUGACGACGGGAUGGAAGGUGUCCCUCUCCAUGCCCUGGUGGUGAGCCACGGUGCCUACAUCCGCGUGGCUGUGAGACAUUUUGUGGAGGACCUGCAGUGCUCUCUGCCCCAGGGCCUGAAGAUGUCCAAGGUGUUGUCAGCCUGCCCCAACACAGGCAUCAGCCGCUUUGUCCUCACCGUGUCUCCCAGUGAGUCUGGCCUGGCGCUCUCUGCUGUCCGCUGUGUUUUCACCAACAGGAAGGACCACCUGACCUCCCGUAACAUAUGUUACAUCACACAUUAAAGAUAGACAAGGAAACACAAGGUUUAGUCACUACUCUGUUCUGUUUAAAUAUUAUUUACUGUAGAUAACAAACCACUAAAAGUAAAGAAUAUCUGGGACAGUGACCUGUCUACUAUUUGAUGAUAUGAGUUGGGGGGAGAUUUUAGUAGGGUCAUCGAAGAACCCUAAUCACCAAUUUAUUAUUUAUUUUAUUUUAUACACAGUAAAUAAAUUAAGCAUUUUUGCACAGUUUAUACCUUCGCCUGUUUUUAAAACCUUUUAAAUAACCUCCACGUUGUGUGACAUAUGUAACCAUGGUGACCUAGGCUCUUAUGCAUAUGUGUUGGAAGUUCCCCAAAGUGGAUAAGUUUUGAAGAUCGGUAUCUUCUACCUUAUCUGAUGUUCUUGGAGUCACUAUACCAGUCCUUAAUGAUGACUCAUCACACACACUGUCACUCCAACAAUGAUGUGUAAUGCUGACAGGUUUAACAACAGCAGAAAAGAUGCUUGCACUGCGAUGGCAAUAACACAAAAAMAUGUACUACCUCAGUUGUUCUUUUGAUUGUGUAUUUAUUUGGCUAGAGAUCGGGAUGGGUUGGCUUGAGAGGUCGGAUGGUGUAGCUUGAAUCAGUCUGAAGUUGGAUCCAUAUCUCUGCUGUGAUUUCAUGUAUCUAUUUUACAUCAUGUUUUGCUCCGUUGUCAUUGAGGUUUGUCUGUUUUCCCAGUCUAUUGAAAAAUGUAAUCAGAAAUUUAUCACAAGAAGGGAAUGACUACCCGACCACAGACAAUGCCACUGAGAAGUAGAGGACACAAAGUAUUAUGGGAAUAGAGGGUAAAUGAUUUGCUUUUUAGCUGUCAAUGGACCCUUUUUACAGUAGAACAUUGCUCAGUGCAAAUUCUGCAGAACUAUUGGCAAGAUGUAUGUAUAUCCUGUAUGAGUGGAUUUCCCGGUCUUCCAAUAAUUAUCCAUGGAAUUUUCAAUAGAAACUAAACACUUCCUGUGUCAUAGUCCAAUGAAAUGAGGACUUGUUUGGAAUGUUUUAGUGUGGAUAAUGUAGSGGUUUGUUUCCACUACUAAGUCGAUCACGUUGAAGAUUUAGUUGUAUUGUUUGUGUCAUAUUAUACCAAAGGCAGAAAAGUGUGAAGCAUGUCAGUGAGUAUAUUUUAAAGCCUUUACAAUUCAACAUGGAGUUAUCUCUAAUUGUGGUCCAUGUCCAUUACAAGAUAAUAAAUUAUACACUAUCAGAA